CUCCUCCCUCUCCGCCGCCGCCCAACCCCCCGCCACCGCCUUCCCCGCCGCCUCCGCCACCUCCGCCGCCCCCGCUUGCGCCGGGCGAGUACAACCCGCUAUACCUAGGCGCCGUCGGGAACGGCGCGGCGAACGACACCGGACCGCUGCAAACCACGUUCAAACAUGCGUGCGCGUACGCGAGCGCGACCGGCGCUCGCGCUACGAUCACCAUCCCCGAAGGCUACACGUUCUUAUUAAGUAGAGCGAUUAAUUUUGCCGGGCCGUGCGGCACGGGGAGCAUGACGAUCCAGCUGGACGGUAUCUUAGCGGCGGACCCGAAUCCCGCCGCGAUUGGCUCGAGUCCCCCGAAUUCCGCGAUCGUGUCGAUCAGCAAGAUCCCAGGGCUGAGAUUGGUCGGGACGGGCGCGAUCGACGGCCAGGGAAGCGUGUGGUGGUCGCGGUAUAGGGCGGGGAGCAAGGCGGAGCGGCCGGACCUGCUGUUUAUAUCGCGGUGCAAUGGGUUGGAGCUGGGUGGCAUCCAAGUGCGCAACCCGCCGAUGUUCCACAUGAACAUUAAGGACCUGGUGGGCGCGUGGAUCCACGACAUCAGCACGCUCACGCCAUACAACAGCCCCAACACGGACUCCCUGCACCUCACACGCACCACCAACGUGCUCGUCGAGGACUACUCGUCGCAUGGAGGCGACGACAAUGUGUCCAUGGUGGGCGGCUGCAAGAACAUCACCAUUCGCAACGUGGUGGCCACGGCAGGCCAUGGCAUCAGCAUCGGCAGCCUAGGCGACGGCGGCGCUCUGGCGUGUGUGUCGGACGUGCGGGUGCAGAACGCGCAGCUCGUAGCGCUCUCCAACGGGCUGCGAAUUAAAACGUACCAGGGCGGCCAGGGAUCGGUGUGGAACAUCCAUUACGAGAAUGUCACCAUGCAGGACGUCAAAUACCCGAUAAUUAUCGAUCAGUACUACUGCGACAAGAGCGACCCCAGCGUGUGCCAGGAGCAGCAGGACGCCUUAGCCAUCUUCAACAUCACGUACCGCAACGUGGAGGGCACGACUAACGCCACGCGCGGCAUCACCUUCAACUGCAGCUCGUCCGUGCCGUGCCAGCAGAUCCGCCUCGACAACAUCAACCUAGAUUCGUCGUAUCCGGACGGGCAUUCCAAGGCCGUGCUCAAGCCGUCGUACCUCAACGUGUAUGGGCUGUCAACAGGGCCCAUCCUGCCCACGGUCUACAAUGGGACAAGUGCGAGUGGGUGGGUGGAUGCAGGGUUGCCGGCGGAGCAAGCGGCUAAUUUCAUGGGCCAAGUGGGCAAGUGUGGGGUUGUGCAACCUUGGACGUUCUCUCCGCCGCCUCCUACAGCUUUCCUCAACGAUCUUCCCCCCUCCGCCUCCCUUUCCUUCCCCCCCCGCCUCCUACCCCCCUCCUCCUGUCUCUCCUCCCUCUUCUUUAGCCUCAUCAAGCCCUCCCAGUUCCCCAGAACCCCCACCACCACCACCUUAUGAUAUUCCUAGCCCACCCCCUCUCUCUCCCUAGGAGAGGGAGAAAGGAGGGUUGAUUGACCCUGGGCGCACCUUGUGUGCCCAGCCCAUGUGCAGGAGGCAUCUACAUCGCACCUCUGGUGCGUGUACAGUUUUUAGCACAAAAAAGGGUAUAAGUGGCGCAAGUAAAGAGAGCCAUUCGGGUUGGGGGGAAGGUAGUGGCUAGGUUCAGCUAGUGCUUCGUUGUGUUAUCUAGGUUUAGUGGGCCCACGAUCCAUAGAGAUUGUUGUAUGUGGUAGAAGUUCCAGAAACUUGAAUCUGAUGUGGGAAAGUGUUC